AUGUCUACCUCAGUCACCGCCUCCACCUCCCUACCUGACAGCCCUCGCCCCAGUCGCCUGCGCCGCUUCAGUUUACGAACCUACACUCAGAAUCUGUCCUUGCCCAGUGCGCAGCGCUCGUAUAGACACAGUUUGAGUAGUCGAGUUCCUUGGUUGAAUUCGGACUCCAUCUCUCCGACAUCGAACCCCACAGCUUCCCCAUGCCCUGAAAGUGACCAUCCAUCCCUCUCUCGUUACACCUCUGCGCCCGCCCCGAGUUACGGUUUUGGUACCGAACUCAAUAGCCAGGUAUCAUCCACCGAGUCCGCAGCUUCUACACCUUCCAACGACCUUACCCAAGCACCCAAUUCUAUGGCGCGCCUGAGGAGCGUUUCGGCCGUCCUUCGUCCGCCACCUCGCACGUUAGAGCGUGCUACAAACAACUCUCAGGAGUCCACCCCAUCCCCUGAACCGGCUGCCACUCAAAGUAAUGCGAUCGAGCCCACCAGCGCCCCUGCAGAUGGGCAGGUGACCCCCUCAAAAUCAGAGACCAAGGCGACCAUUCGGUUCUUUCCCUACCAAGACUCCCUCCAGAGUUCGAGGCCCUCGUUACCUUUCGUCCCAGUCGCCCGAACCCUGCCAUCAGAGAGCUGUGUUAUUCGCGUCGGUCGAUACUCGGAGCGUGAUGGUGUACCCCUCCCCAACCCGACCGAACCCUCGGAUGCCCCCGUAGGGUUCAAGUCGAAGGUCGUUAGCCGGAAACACUGCGAGUUCUUGUACGUGAAUGGACAGUGGCACAUUAAGGAUGUUGGCAGCUCUUCGGGUACAUUUUUGAACCACAUGCGCUUGAGUCAGCCGAAUAUGGUGUCCCGUCUGUACUCCAUCAAAGACGGCGAUAUCGUGCAGUUGGGUAUCGACUUCCGAGGGGGAGAAGAAAUGAUCUUCCGAUGCGUUCGGAUUCGGAUUGAAUGCAAUCGAUCGUGGCAGCAGCAGCCUAACGAGUUCAACAAAAACACAGAAAGCCUUAUCAAAAACUUGGGCAAGGGUGAGACGGCUGAUUAUUCGGGUUGUCGUGAAUGCUCGAUUUGCCUUGGCUCUGUCUUGCGGCCCUAUCAGUGUUUGUUCAUGGCAGCCUGCGCGCACGUCUGGCAUUACAAAUGUAUCAGUCGUCUGCUCCACUCUCCCGAUUACCCAAUGUUCCAAUGCCCCAACUGCCGUGCAUUCACCGAUCUCAGCGCCGAGGUCGAUGACUCGAACGACGCGGAGGAAAAACGAGAGAAGGAAACGGCAGAAGAUGGGCCAUCCAAUGACUCUGCUGAGCAGCUCGAAACGGAGGCACCCUCAGUCGUCGAAACAAACAACAUGGAAGGACCACCCGAUCAGCUCGGAGAUCUUGCCGAAGAGGAAAACUUGGCCAACGAUGUUGAGAACCUGCAUCUACAAGAUGACCAGCAAACGGAUGACACUCGAAGCUCAGCCUCGCCAGCACCUAACUCAAGCAACGAUGACCUCGCCCGCAGCGCCACUAUCAACAUCCCCGGGUGGCAAUCGACGCAGCCACUCAGUGUGCCAUCUGGUCGCCAAUCACAACUACGAUCCGAAACGCCAACAUCUGACGACAACCCGUUGACUCCAAGAAAUGACUCGGGCCCUUUGGCCUUUGAUGGCCGAGCAGGAAUGCCAUAA